GUCGCCCAUAUCGACCACUCGAUCGCCGUCUAAACGGUCGCCAAAUAAACGGUCACGUCGGGCACUGUCCUCAUCCAUGUCCCCCACAUUCGACUUGUCCGCGCCGUCCACUUCCGGCUACUCGAGUCGGAGUAAGUCUAGUCUGACUCAAAACGCCAGAAGCAAACGAGUAGUCGCCGGCACUUCGACGGCCAGUCCUCGUAAGAGGGCUGCGGAUAAGCUCCGGAAGAACGCUGUGGCGAACGGGAGCCGUCGGGCCAGCGCUUCGGCCGUGAAUUUCCGGUCGUUGCGCAGCACUGUUCCCGUCUUCGAGAAUAACAGCUCGAGGACUAGCGGUCGCACAUCCGGUCGAUCGCGAGUUAGUCCCCGAAGUAGUCGUAGGAGUCAUAAGACACCCAAAAAGGGUCGAAAACGUGUCAUUAAAGAGGAGUCGACCGAAGAGGAAGCGGUCGAUGAGGAGGAAGAGGACGAGGAGACAGAGAAG